UCUUUUGGAGCUAAUUUUAUGAAUAUAGGUAGAUGCAGACCGCGUGGGUGGUUUAGUUCAAAUGUGCCUAGUUAGUUUAUCUAUGAUUGCCAGAUAGCACGACUAGCUAGCUAGCUAUCCCAAUGAUUGGGUAAAAUAUAUUCUCCAUUAAAUUGACAAAUAAUCCGUGUAUAUGCAGCUUAUAGUUGUCUGAUUGCCUCUUUUUAUAAUUUAUAAAUAUGUACAAUGCAAUGCAUACAACCAGAGUAUUAACUUAAUGAUUGACUCAUGUAGGGAAGGUUUAAUCCAGCAACAGGGAGUGAGGAUUUUGCCUGUUACACAUUCACUGUGGACAUGAAAGGGCAACGGAAAAGUUCUGAACCUGAUUUCAAUGCUUCAGUCAUUGAAGAAGGGUCAGUUGCCACUGCGGAGGAUCAAUCGGCAAUCACAACUAUUCAGUCUGCCUCUACAUUCUCAUCAGAGCAGCCGAUUAAAUACUUCUUCAAGACAGAGGGAGCUGGGGGGCAGGUAGGAGAGCUGUACCCUCCCACAGGGCAGGUCACAUAUCGAGUAAUCCAGGUUGCAGAUGGACAGCUGGAAGCUCAAACGGAUGGUGCAACAGCUAUUAGUGUAGUGACUGGAUUUCCUGCUGCAACACAACCUGUUACACAGACUCUGUUCUCUCAUUCAGAGGGCUUAGAAGGAGAUGGCACAGAAACCCAUUACACUUAUUACCCUGCUACUAUGUCAGAUGUCACAACAAGCACUAUGGUGACUGGUGUUCAGGCCUCGGAUACUCUGCUUAGUCAGAGUGCUCCUGCAGGUCAGUUGUAUGUUAUGAUGUCCCCACAGGAAGUUCUUACUGGAGCCAACCAGAGGUCUAUUGCACCUCGCACACAACCUUACAAUGUUAAAACAGAUGGUCCAAGAACUUCAAGAGAUGAGAAAAGACGAGCUCAGCACAAUGAGGUUGAACGAAGACGCAGAGACAAAAUUAACAACUGGAUUGUUCAGCUUUCAAAAACAAUUCCAGACUGCACCAUUGAUUCCACUAAAACGGGACAGAGUAAGGGUGGGAUCCUUUCAAAAGCCUGCGAUUACAUUCAGGAGCUGCGACAAAGUAACAGCCAGUUAGGAGAUGAUCUGAACAACCUUGAGAGAUUAAAGAUGGAUAACCAGCUGUUACGGCAAGAGGUGGAAGAUUGGAAAUCAAAAAAUCAGGUUUUGCGGAACCAGCUACGGCAGCAUGGCAUAGUUGCAGCAGGAAGUGCCGAUUCCCAGUGAAGAAUUCUAAUGAUGUUGGUGCUACAAAACCAAAUUUAGAAUAUAAGCAGACUGUUGGAUUUACAUUUUCUGCAGUUGUUUUUAUAAGCCAUUGAAAUGAACUUAAACAAUGCAUAAUUAAGGACUGUGUAUCCAACAAAAUAUGGUGAUGAUUCUCCACCAGGAUCUUGUACAUAUAUCAUUUUUCUUUCUUAUUUUUUCAAAACUUUAAUGUAACUUAGUAUUUGUUUUUAUGUACCCAAAGAGCGUGAAUGAAUCUGUUAAUUUUGUACUUUAACUUCUAAUCUUUUUGGAAGUAAUUCAUGUUAAUUCUAAUCUUGGUUGUAACGUUGGCAGCCUUUAAAUUUAAAUACAUUUUCAGUUAAAUAAAAAAAUCUGACACAUUUGCGCCUGUCAAAACAC